UCUCCUUUCUCCAAAAUUAAGAAAAAAAAAGGGUGAGAAAUUUUUUUCUUCUAGGGUUAGGGUUUAUGGCUCAAAAUGGCUCGAACUUCCACCUCCCCGACGAGAUCCUCUCUGUGAUCCCAACCGAUCCUUACGAUCAACUGGAUCUCGCUCGCAGGAUCACGUCCAUGGCGAUCGCGUCUAGGGUUUCCAAGCUCGAAUCGGAGGCGGGGAGACUAAGACAGAAGAAUUCAGAGAAGGAUCGGACGAUCGCCGACCUCCGAGAACAGAUUGCAGAGCUCGAUCGGAUGUUUCGAGAUUCCGAAGCGCGGCUCAGGAUCGCUCUCGAAGACAAUGCGAAGUUGAUGAAGGAGCGAGAUACGCUGGCUCUUACUUCCAAGAAAUUGGGAAAAGAUCUCUCAAAGUUGGAGACUUUCAAGAGGCAACUGAUGCAAUCUCUUAAUGAUGAUAAUUCAUCUCAACCAGCAGAAUCAGUUGAUAUGGAAACCAGUGAUCAAUCCACUUCCAGAAUUUCUUCGUGGCAAGACGAGGCAUCCAUCAGCCGCAGAGGAUUGGGUCUUGUCAGUGUAUGUACAGAAACUGGCGACCCAAUUCAAGGUCCAGGGUCUUCAGCAAAUAAGUUGUCUGUGUCUCCAUAUAUUACUCCACGACUCACUCCUGCUGCUACGCCAAUAGCAUCAACUAGUGUUUCCCCAAGGGGCUUUUCAACUGCCGGUUCAUCACCAAAGUUCUGGUCUGGUUCUGCAUCACCAACAAAGUCUUGCUUUGAAGCUCACUCUUUUGUGUCAUCAUUGAAUACGUCAACUUCAAGUCAGCAGUCGUCUACAUCAUCCUCACCUCCUACUGGUCUCUCUCUUUCAGGACGUGCUCCUCGAAUAGAUGGAAAAGAGUUCUUCCGUCAAGUUAGGACUCGUCUCUCAUAUGAACAAUUUGGAGCAUUUUUAGCCAAUAUUAAAGAGCUCAAUGCUCACAGACAGUCACGUGAGGAAACUUUGGAGAAAGCAGAAAAGAUAUUGGGUGCAGAUAACAAUGAUCUCUAUAUAUCCUUCCAGCGGCUGCUUAAUCGCAACCUAACUUAGAUUUAUACUUGAUGCAUUACUGGGGAUACACAAAAUUGCAAUUGGUGGCCCAAAAUACUGGAAUAAAAGCUGACAGAAGAGAGAUGGUAACUGGACAGAAUUUACACGCCAUUUGAAAAAUCAUCAGAAUUGGGCUACAGCAUGAGUAACCAUCAAGUUACAGCCUAAAUGUUGUUUCUUGGAAUCAUAAUAAGAGCUAAAAACAAGCAGGUGCAAUGUGCUCAGAUCAGAAUGACAUCUCAAUUGUGUCUUUUGUUUAUAAAGCGUGGCCCACAAUGCUGUUUUUGCUGUUGAAGUCCUUGGCCUUCACGACCGUGAUUAAGGUUGUAAAUCAAUUUAAUUAAUUGGCUUUCUCCCUCAUUUAAGGUCUUAAACUUGUCCCCAGUCUGAGGCAUUGCUAAUGGGAAUGAGUAGUUGUUUCUUGGUGCAAGUUAUCUCUUCAUGUUUAUAGUAAUUGUUGUCUACAAUAUGUUCUAGUAUUUAUCUUCAAUUGGUUCGCAUGUGCACAAA